CCUCGAUUGGGAAAGGGCGGUAGAAACCUUCUUCGAAUACAUGGAAGUUGAACCGGAAAAACAGGUCAAAUAUGUUGCCUGUCGACUUAAAUCUGGAGCUAGCGCGUGGUGGCUACAACUUAUGCAGUCGAGAAGGCGUGAAGGCAAGGGACCUGUGCGCAGUUGGUGGAGGAUGAAACAACUAUUGCGUGGCCAUUUCUUGCCUACCGAUUACGAGCAGAUGUUGUAUCUACAAUAUCAGCAUUGCGUUCAAGGUAGUCGAACUGUGAGUGACUACACGGAAGAGUUUUACCGGUUGGGUGCAAGAAAUAAUCUCAAUGAGUCCACAAAUCAAUUGGUCGCAAGGUAUGUUGGUGGAUUGCGGGAAGCAAUUCAAGAUAAGCUUGAAUUGAACACGGUGUGGUCCGUUUCGCAAGCAGUUAAUUACGCCCUGAAGGUUGAAACUCAGUUGGCUCGGCACAGCAGAAACAGUCAAUCCAGGAGGGCACCGGAACUGAACAGGGAGAGUGGAGAUCAACCACGAUCAAACAGCUUCAGUGCGACUCAGGCAAGCAAAAUUCAAAAUCCCACCGCCAAUAAUCCAAGUCCUGCUGUUAUGGGUAGUAAAAGUGCAGAAGGAAAAUAUGUGCCGAGAGGGCGAGGACAAUUGAAAGACAAUCCUUACGCAAAGCCGAUGAACAUCAAAUGCUUUAGAUGCUUCCAGCAAGGACACAAAUCGAAUGAGUGUCCAACCAGGCCGCAAUUGCAACUAGUGGAAGCUGAAUGUGAAGAUCCUCGAGAUGACGUUGAGGAUGAACUGGAUGAUUCAUUUGAAGAAGUAGGUGGCGACGUAGGGGAACCGCUCAUAUGUGUGCUUCAGAAGUUACUCUUGUCACCACGGCUACCUACUGGCUCUCAGAGAAACGCAUUGUUUAGGACGAAAUGCACAGUCAAUGGUAAGGUGUGCACUCUGUUGGUAGACAGUGGGUGCACCGAAAAUGUUGUGUCGAGGGCCGCAGUGGAAGCUCUUCAGCUUAAAACGUCCAGGAAUUCGAAUCCCUACAAAGUUAGUUGGGUAAAGAAGGGGGUGGAAAUGGAGAUUACUGAAUUAUGCCGUGUACCGUUAUCCAUCGGAAAGAGCUACGCAAGCGAAGUGGUAUGUGAUGUAAUAGAUAUGGAUGUAUGUCACAUAAUUCUUGGGCGACCGUGGCAGUUUGACGUGAGCGCGACACAUGACUGCCGAGCUAAUACAUACACGUUUGAUUGGAAAGGCAAAUCAAUUCGGCUACUGCCAAACGUUCAAGGUACGGACUGUGUAACUGAGAAAAAUAAAUCCAAUUCACUUGUAGUUUCAGGUAACCAACUAUUACGAGCCUGGAGGGACUCAACGCAAAUCUUGGCCCUGGUUGUGAAGGAACAAGCCUAUAUCAAUGACCCUCACGCUAUUCCUGAAUCAGUCAAGGCUUUACUAAAACAGUUUCAGGACAUUGGACCUGAACAUCUUCCGGCGGAGCUUCCUCCAAUGAGGAAUAUUCAGCAUCAAAUCGAUCUGACUCCCGGUGCCUCACUACCGAACUUACCACACUACAAGCUGAGUCCCGCCGAGCAUCGGAUAUUGCAGCAAAUAGUUGACGAACUACUAGAGAAACAACUUAUACAACACAGUCUCAGUCCAUGUGCAGUUCCGGCAUUAUUAGUACCAAAGAAAGAUGGGAGUUGGAGGAUGUGCGUCGAUAGCAGGGCU